CGCAUAUUUGACACGGCUGCUCUGACGGUUCAAGAGUUCGGGUUCUUUGAACGAUAAGCAAUUCGAUAAGUGAGGAACCGCAUUCACUACAAGACACAAUUCCAUGGAGAGACACGACUGACGGAUCGCUGUCUGAAUUAGACAAGUGCUACAGUCUCGACUGAGACAGGAAGACGAACACGAGCGAUUGAAAUUGUAAGUACUCUGAAGGGCACGAUCGUGAUCUGUUUCAGGGUGUAGCGUGUUUAUAACAUCUCUGUGUCCGUGUCACCAUCACGAGAAAGUCACUAGAUUCCAUUUUCAACAGGAGAUUAUAAAUAAAAUGUCUACUUCGCUGAACAUGCACGCGUUUUCUUCCGCAAAUUCGAUGAUCUUGAUAAUAUUCCAAUGACUUAUCUCCAGGACGCAAGUUCACAGUGUCACCGGUUUCAUGACAUUCAUGUGAAUUGGUACGGGUGUGACUUGAAGCAGUCGUGGCCUAUUUCUAUGUUAUAGUGACUUUAAUUCUCCAAGAAAGAAUGCGAAAGAGCCAGAAGCGUGUGGGAUGAGUGUUUCAGAAGGAAUUGAAGAAUUUCCGUCUUUGAAGGUUCCUAGGCGGUGCUGAUUUGUCCUUCAGGUAGAGGCAGACUGUAGAAAAGGUACAAGGCCACGGAAGCAAUGACGGGGUACGUAAAGCCGUCAGAUUAGCAACGAUAAGGUCUGUUUUCCUUUUUUCAAGAAAUACAUAGAAUGACUUGCUGAUCUCCAGGCGACAGCAGUAACAAGUCUGGGGCUGCACUGCACGAGAUGCUCACGUAACAUACUCGAAACGGCUGAGACCGUUGAGACUGCCUUCAGCUCUAGUGACGCAAGCUCACGACCACUACUUGUUCGUACAGGUGAGACAUGAAUUCAGGACCAGACCCUUUAGAGACAUCAUCAUCAUGGCUACACAAGAAAUUUCUGGAAACAGCCCUGAGGAAGGGCGACAACACCCCAAAGUUAAGAGUCACAAGUUAUGACGUCAAGCUGGCCGUCGGUAAAGGAGACAACUACUGCAGCGACCUAUUCCGAGUCAAGAUUCAUACUGCAGAUGGAAAGGUUUUCAAUUUGAUCGUUAAGAAGGAGUUGGAUGCUGAGGGAGAAUUUGGCAAAAUUUUGCAAAAAUCAUCGGCCUUCUUGAGAGAGACACACAUGUACAGAAGUGCGGCUGUAAGGAUGGCCAACAUACUGCAGGAAAUGUCACCAGGUGAGUGCUCACAGUUCGCGGCGCGCUAUCUGUACUCCUGUCCGGGAACCAUAGUGAUGCAAGACCUGCGUGCUGAAGGCUUCAAAAUGGCAGAGCGUCGACAGGGACUAGACUUCUCUCACUGUUUGCUCGUAAUGCGCAUGCUCGCCAGGUUCCACGCUGCUUCCGUUGUUCUUCACGACAGGGACCUUGAAACAAUGUCCCUUUACGACAAGAGUGCCUUCUCUGAUCCCGAGAUGCAGGAGGGCAUACAAAAAUUUGUUUCUGGUACCUUCCGGACAGUGGUGAAGGCCGUGCAGACCUGGCCGGGAUUUGCAGACCGCUAUGCAGGAAAGCUCGACGCUCUAGCGGACUCCAUGUUGGACCGCAUCAUACAGGUCACCCAGAGGGACGAUACCGCCUUCAACGUGCUCAUACACGGUGACCUUUGGGUCAACAAUAUUCUCUUCCGGUACUCCGACGGCCCUGUAGACGUCCGGUUCGUAGACUUCCAGAUUCCGCAUUUUACCUCGCCAGCCAUCGACUUGCAGUACUUCUUCAGCACGAGCCCGUGCGAGGACGUGAGGGAGAACCACCUGGACAGCUUGAUGAAGGAAUACCACAACACCCUCUGUGAAUGCCUGAACGCCAUGGGCUACUCCCAUAAGCACAUCACUCUGGAAGAUCUGUGGAAGGAAUAUAACAACAAGGCACUGUAUGGGCUCUUUGGGGCAUGCUGUGUGUUACCCAUUGUUCUGGCGGACAAAGGUUUCGAUAUAGAUGCAAUUUUGAAAUCAGGGAUUGGAGAGGAGAUUGAGGUAGUCAAUGGGGACACUUAUAAGAAGGCCCUGCAGCGAAUGUUGCCCAAAUUUGAAGAGAAUGGAGUGUUUCUGUCUGGAGAAAUUUCAUCAACUCACGAGUUUCAGAAUGCAUAGAGCUAUACCUCCACGCCCUCGUACUUCUUCAUAUCGUGGUGUUUGUUAUAGCACCGGCACGGCCUCAUCCCCACGUCCAUUUUUUACUUCUUUCCAACUUCGUGUAAAGUAGGGCUUAUGAGUACCAGAAUAACUCUGUGUCAAUGUAGUGACUAUGCUACUGCCUGAACUACCACGGAAUCCAGGCUCGAUUCCCGGCAGGUAUUAAAGGUUUUCUCUUCUCCAGAUCCGCUGUGGUACUCAUCAAAUCCCCUAUUCAGUGGAUACUGAUGUCCUCUUCCUGUUGGAGUAACGCGGCAGGAGCGUGCGGCUGGCCACUGACCUACAUCAUAUAUCUCCAUUCCUCCAUACGUCUUCUUGCUGUGGUGUUUAAUUAAGCACAGGGACAACGUUACGCUCCGUUUCCCUUCGAAUUAUUUUAAGGUCCUCACUGCUAUAUAUUAGACCCGGCAGAAGAAAAGUUUUUAAAUAAAUGUUCCUUUUUUUUUCACUGGCUCUAUAGCCCCCUUGGGCCCUGGCCUCUGAUUUUCAAU